CAUAACCUCAACAGCCCAGAGAGCUGUAAAGUUAAAUUAAAGAAACACCGCCCCGGUGAUCUAGAGCAUUAAUAACACAGUUUAUGUUGCAGCUUUAUGCGCUCUGGUGACAUCAGGCGCACAACAGAAGGUACGCGCACAUGGGCGAACAUUUGAGUCAGUGACCGAAUAAAAAACUUUGAGAAAGUCGACACAGCGACAGAGGAAUACGAGGAAGCUACAAUGUCUAAUUCGGUUUCCUAUCCCGGGAAUACACGGAGGUCUUCUGCUGUGGCACGUGCAAACAAACCUCCGGAUUUAGAGCUGUCGCAAACUACUUUCACCUCAUCUGAACCGGAGACACCUGUGGGCAACGACACGUUUUCUGAAAGAGACACAAUGCAAGAGGAUGGUAACUCUUCAACAAAUGUACCAACUGUUCACCUCCACCCGUACCUAUCUCAUCCCCGGAUGUCUGUGCGGAUGUCGGUGUACAGUACCGGGGUUCGUCCAGUCGUCACCCGCGCCUACAUCCAAGGACGUGUGUAUAACUUCCUGGAAAGGCCGUCUGGCUGGAAAUGCUUCGUGUAUCAUUUCACAGUGUUUCUCAUAGUUCUGGCCUGUCUGAUCCUCAGCGUUCUGUCUACCAUCGACCAGUACCAGGCUCUGGCUCACACAACACUCUUCUGGGUGGAGAUUGUCCUUGUGGUGUUCUUCGGUGUGGAGUAUUUUGUCCGCCUCUGGUCAGCAGGCUGCCGCAGUAAAUAUGUUGGCAUCUGCGGCCGACUACGCUUUGCCAGGAAGCCGAUAUCCAUUAUAGAUCUGAUUGUAGUUGCUGCCUCGAUUAUUGUGCUGUCGGUGGGCUCCAAAGGCCAGGUUUUUGCCACCUCAGCUGUAAGAGGGAUUCGCUUCCUGCAGAUCCUGCGAAUGCUUCACGUGGAUCGGCAGGGAGGAACCUGGCGUCUGCUCGGCUCUGUCGUCUUUAUCCAUCGCCAGGAGCUGAUCACUACUUUAUACAUUGGCUUUCUGAGCCUGAUCUUCUCCUCGUACUUUGUCUACCUGGCAGAGAAAGAUGCAGUCGACAGCAGCGGCUCCAUAGAGUUUGGAAACUAUGCCGAUGCCCUGUGGUGGGGAGUGGUGACAGUGACUACCAUUGGGUACGGAGACAAAGUGCCACAAACCUGGAUUGGAAAGACCAUUGCAUCCUGUUUCUCAGUAUUUGCCAUUUCUUUCUUUGCUCUGCCUGCAGGAAUCUUAGGCUCUGGCUUCGCCCUGAAGGUGCAGCAGAAGCAAAGACAAAAACACUUCAACAGACAGAUCCCUGCAGCUGCCUGUCUCAUUCAGACAUCAUGGAGAUGUUUUGCAGUGGAGAACUUGGAUUCAGCCACAUUAAAAAUGUUUUUGAAGAAGAGAUCCCACAUCCCUGCCUCUUCUUUGUCCACCCCCAAGCCCAAGAAAUCGGUGAAGAUAAGGAGGAAGCUGAAGAGCAGUGACAAGGACAACGGUCCAACUUCUCCCACAAUUCCCAGCAUCACGUUCGACUCUGUAUUCGACAGUGGCAGAGAGCUGAGCUCAGAUGUGUACAGCACUGUGGGCACAGAUUGCCAGCAGACCUGGACAUCUCUGUCCUCCCUUCAGUUCAGCUCACCACCUCCAGUGAACAGAAGCCCAGGCCUGCUGGACGUCCACUCUCCCCCCCCCCUGCGGAGGAAUUGCAGCUUUGCAGAUGACCUGGAGCAGGAGGCGGAGCCGUACAAUGAGCUGGUUCCUGUCAGCUCCAGGUCACAAUUGACUGAGUCUCACCGAAAAGCCAUCCGGGUGAUCCAGAGAAUGCGUUAUUUUGUAGCCAAGAGAAACUUCCAGCAAGCUCGUAAGCCCUAUGAUGUGCGGGAUGUGAUCGAGCAAUACUCCCAGGGUCACCUCAACCUCAUGGUGCGAAUUAAGGAGCUGCAAAGAAGACUGGACCAGUCUAUAGGGAAGAUAACUUUGUUCCAGUCGGGCUCCGACCGAGACAAAGACAAAGGCACCAACUCAAUCGGAGCCCGACUCAACAGGAUGGAGGACAAGAUAUCGCACAUGGACCAAACGCUAAACCGCAUCGCAGAGUCCCUCACCUUCCUGCUGGCCCAGAGGGACCCGGGUGACUGUGAGGGUGGAGGUGGAGGGGGAGGCGGGGUGACAGUAAGGCAAGGAAGGACCUGUAAUGUACUCCCGAGUCAGGACAGCCUGCCAAGCUAUGACCAGCUGUCUUCAUCACCUUCCCCCCUCUCCUCCAACACUGCAGCCGGCCCCCACCAUGCCAGUCGGGAGGAGAACUGCUGAGACCAGGACGUUUUUCUCUUUUUAAAACAAUUUAUAAAAUGUAUUCAGAUCAAACUAAGUUAUCUAUUAAUCUAUUUAUCUGUUUGUCAGCUGCCCAAAAUGUUGAUAAAAGUAUCCAUUAUGACUUGAUUUAGACUUAUUGACAUUUGAUUUACUAUACCUUUCUUUUAGAAAAACAUAGGAUAUAUUAUAUAAGUAUAAAUCAUUUAUGUGAAAACAGCUUGUAACAUUUGUGGUAUAUAACUAUGAGGGUUUUUUUUGUUUUGUUUUUUAAUCGUUUAUAUGAAGAGGGACAAUGCAUAUUGAUGAACAUUUAAAACAAAUAAUGCUUUAAAACGUAAACAUGCCGGAUUUUAGCUUUGAGCUAAUGUCCAUCCGUAGUCCCUCACAGAGUUAGAGUUAAAAACUAAGUUUAACUGCAGUAACUAAACUUUAGUAUAGUAAUCCCUUAACUCUAACUGCAUUUAUUGCACUCCCUACAACAGAGAUACUGACAACUGUAGCACUUACGCAAUAAAUGCAUAUUGAUGGAGAAUCUGUAGGAAGCAUGAAAAGAUAGUGGUAUCCAAAGUGUUGUGGUUUCUGGUUAUGGUCGGAAAUGUGUUGGCCAAUCAUGUUUAAUGAAAGUAAACAGUUUGCGUGUAGAGCAAAGAGAAGGAAUGCAAAUGUUGACUAAUCAUAAAUUGUUUGACAAUGAUUUUGCUUUUUGUUAGCUUAAAAUGUGCUUGUAAAUGUACUUCUAUUGACUUAGAAUGCGUUUCAGACAAAUAAUGAGCCAAACACGGAAAAGGAAGUCUUGACCUGUUGAUAAACACCUCAGCUUAGCUGUAAUGCAAAGCGGUAACAUUCAGCAAAAAACGUAACUUUAUAGAGCAAACUGCUUUUUAUUGACACUGAAUGUAAUGUACUGCAGGCCACUCCCACUUUGGCCUUGUGGCCCCGCUCCACCCCCAACUCUCAGGUCCAAGAUUUGACCCAGUCUCUCCUUGUCAUAUUACUCUGUGCCUUUAUCUUUAUAUCUAGCAGCUUUGCUGAAUGUUGGCACAAUGAUAGUAACAAUUAAUUCAAUCCAUUAUUGACAUCUCAACAAUGAUUUUCAACAUGUUCACGAGUCCAAGUCACUCUCGAGUCCCCACUUUUCGAGUCCAAGUCAGAGUCACCUAGGGAGAGUCGAGUCGGAGUCCAAGUCUGAGUCACCUAAGGAGUGUCCGAGUCGAGUCCGAGUCAUCAUUACCUGUGUUCGAGUCCAA